GAAGAAUCACAAGAAAUCCGUUCCUCUGCGUUGUUGCGUGUAAAAUAUUGAGAGAAGCGUCCGUGACAAGAAAUCUCCAUUUCUUUUUAUUUUUCUUCUCUCUCUUGUCUGUAAAGAUACAUAUAGUUAUAUAUAUAGCCGAAGAUUAACUAUUCGCAUUCAUUCAUAAACUGCAAUUUGACAUUGUUUUCUGUUGUCCCCCGAUCUCAAGUUUUCAGCCGCGACUGUUCAUUGACUUCAUUCCCCCCGCAGAACCGACAGAUCCUUCUCCUGUCAAAGCUGUAAACCACAUUUCUUCUCAAGAAUCUUUUACUCUUUGCGUCUUUUGAUCUUCUGAAAUUUACUUCCUGCGAUUGAUUAAUCGCUUCUUCGAAUUUCUGAUUUUGAAUCCCACGAACGCAAGUUUCUUCGAGUCCCUGAAUUUCUACAUUUGCUCGACAAACAGAAUUUCCGACUGGUGUGCAUAAGUAGAGACUAAAGAUGUUGGGAGAUUUUAUCACCAGAACUCUUAUAUUGCUCCUGGGAUAUGGAUAUCCGGCAUUUGAGUGCUUCAAGGCUAUGGAGAUCAACAGGGUUCACAUUGAAGAACUCAGAUUCUGGUGUCAAUAUUGGACCAUUGUAGCAGUUCUUACAAUCUGCGAAAGGAUAGGGGAUACAUUUAUCUCAUGGUUGCCCAUGUAUGGAGAGAUAAAGCUGGUACUGUUCAUAUACUUAUGGUAUCCAAAAUUCAAGGGGACUGGCUAUGUGUACGAUACUUUGUUGCGGCCUUAUAUAACAAAGAAUGAACCAGACCUUGAAAGGAAGUUGCAGGACUUGAGGGGAAGGGCAUGGGAGUUUGCUAUCUAUUACUGGAAUAACUGCACAGAUUUGGGUCAGACUAAAUUCUUCGAAAUGCUUCAGUUUUUGGCAAAUCAAUCAGGGAAAUCCAGCAUCAGUGGCAGUGAGCAGGCUGGCCAGUACUUUCCAAGUGCGCCACCGCUGCCUCCGGACUCAUCGAGUAAGCAUUCAAGCAAGAAGAAGAAGUCCCCAGGUAGCACUACCUACCGUGCCAUAUCAGAAACACCAAAAUCCAAUCUCGUACAAGUUAAGCUUCACAACCAAACAGAGUAUAUACAAGAAGUGAACACGUCUAUCCCGGACUCAAGCGGCACCGAAGCCCAUGGCAAUGACAAGCUCAAGCACCGGCUCUGGCGAUUCAGACCAUUUUAGCGGCAUCGACAAAUAUGUAAACAACAAUUGUACAAAACCCACAAGAACAAUCCAACAAAGGAAGAAAAAAAAAUUAGAUUCAUUUCAUUGCUUUCUUCUCCUUGUAACAGCAUGAUUCUUUGUUCAUCACUUAUUGGUGUAUAGAAAGAAACCAAGAAAGUAAAGAAAGAGAGGGAAACCACAUCGAAACAUGAUUAGAAUACUAUAUACUGUUAUCUGUUGAAGCGGACUGUGAUGAGCCGGAUGAUCGAGUCGAAGGCGUGGGCGAUCCCUGGAAUGACUUGGCAAUUGACGAAAUUGAAGAAAUCGGCGACGAGGUUAUGAGGUGCGGAGAACCGGAGCCAUAGGCGGCUGAAGAAAUGAGGGGCGGAGGAAUCCGGGGAGGAGGACAUGGGCUGGAGGUAGGCCCAGGCGGCAUGCUUGACGAGGCGAUUGCGGAUUGAGAUUUCGUAGAGGGAGGAGGCCGCGGCGGUGGCUGUGGGGGAGUUGAUUGCGGUGGAGGCGGAGGGGAGGAUGUCUUUGAGGGAGGUGUAGGAGAGUGAGGAGUUGAGAGAGACGAGCUCCAAGUCGAGGGGUACAGGCGUGGCAGUGCCGUUGGGGAGACCGGAGGUGUGGAGGGCGAGCUUGUUGGGGAUCAUCACGGAAGUUGAGAUUGAGUUCCGGCGGCGGAGAGUUGACGGCGGUGGCGGCUCUAGUUCGUCCAUAUUGAUUGACUCUCAGCCUCUGUGUUCUCUCUCCGUGGCUGCAAUUAUUGGCGUAUAUUGUCCCUAUCGCUCGCUCUGAUUCUGGUGUAGAGCGGUAGAGGUCAUAACGGUUAAUUUUUUAUUUCUUUAUAUUACUCACACUGUCUUAAUCAGUGGCCAUA